UGGUAGCAUACCAUAAGCAACAGCAACCAUGGCCAUACACAAAUCUCUCCCCUUUGCUUUUCUACUCAUUUUGUUAGCCUUUCUUUCUUUCCAAGUAAUAUCAUUUGCAACAGCAGCACCAUCAUCCACACUCUCAGAAGCAGAGGCUCUCAUGAAAUGGAAAGCCAGCCUCUCAGCAUCACAGGCUCUCCAUUCAUGGUCUCUUCCUUCUGCUAAUUCUACCACCAACAUAAUCUCUCCUUGCAACUGGACUGGGAUCUCAUGCAACAUCCUUGGAACUGUAACAAGGAUAAGCCUACCCAGUGUAGGUUUGCAAGGUAAGCUCGAUAACUUGAGUUUCCAGUCAUUUCCAAACCUCCUUCAUCUUGAUCUCAGCGACAACACACUCAUAGGAACCAUUCCAGCCCAUCUUGAACCUCUUUACAAACUCACGUUCCUGAAUCUGUCUGCAAAUGAAAUAAUUGGAUCAAUACCUCUGGAAAUAGGGAAUCUUGUGAAUUUGAAUGAGCUUGACUUGUCCAUUAACCAUCUAGAUGGUUCCAUCCCUUCCACUAUAGGAAAUCUGACAAAGCUUUCCAUCUUGUACCUGGACCGAAAUCAAAUCUCUGGCUCCAUUCCUUCACAAAUCGGGAAUCUACAAGCUCUGGUUGAAUUGUCGUUGUUCCAAAACAAUCUGACUGGUCGGAUUCCUCUUGCUUUAGGUAAUUUGAGCAACCUUGCAUUUUUGUAUCUCUACGAUACCCAAGUUUCUGGUUCAAUUCCACCUGAAGUAGGGAAUCUGGUUAAUCUCAGAGAGCUUGACAUGCCCACUAACCUUCUAACAGGUUCUAUCCCUUCCACUUUAGGAAACUUGUCCAUGCUCACUCUUCUUCAUCUGUUUCAAAAUCAAUUCUCUGGUUUAAUUCCUACAGAAUUAGGGAAUCUAAAGAAUCUGGUGGAGCUAGAAUUAUACAGUAACAAUCUGACUGGUCCCAUGCCUCCUGCUUUAGGCAAUUUGAGCAACCUUACAAUUUUGUAUCUCUAUGAAACCCAAGUUUCUGGUUCAAUUCCGCCAGAAAUAGGGAAUCUAGUUAAUCUCAAGCAGCUUGACUUGUCCGCUAACCUUCUAACAGGUUCUAUCCCUUCCACUUUAGGAAACUUGUCCAUGCUCACUCUUCUUUAUCUGUUCGAAAAUCAAUUCUCUGGUUCUAUUCCACCUGAAGUAGGGAAUCUGGUUAAUCUUAUGGAGCUUGACUUGUCCAUUAACCAUCUAAAUGGUUCCAUCCCUUCCACUUUAGGGAACUUGACAAAGCUAACUUUCCUCUACCUCUUUGAGAAUCAAAUUUCUGGUUCUAUUCCUCUAGAAGUUGGGAAUUUAAAAAGUCUCAAUGAGUUAGCAUUGUACAGUAACAAUCUGACUGGUCCCAUCCCUCCUGCUUUAGGUAAUUUGAGCAACCUUAAAAAAUUGUAUCUUGGUUCAAUUCCCCCAAAAACAGGGAAUCUGGUUAAUCUCAGAAAGCUUGACAUGCCCACUAACCUUCUAAUAGGUUCUAUCCCUUCCACUUUAGGAAACUUGUCCAUGCUCACUGUUCUUCAUCUGUACAAAAAUCAAUUCUCUGGUUCUAUUCCACCAGAAAUAGGGAAUCUGGUUAAUCUCAGGGAUCUCAAGCUAUCCAGUAACCUUCUGACAGGUUCUAUCCCUUCCACUUUAGGAAACUUGUCCAUGCUCACCGUUCUUUAUCUGUUCGAAAAUCAGUUCUCUGGUUCUAUUCCACCAGAAAUAGGGAAUCUGGUUAAUCUCAAAGAGCUUGACAUGUCCACUAACCUUCUAACAGGUUCUAUCCCUUCCACUUUAGGGAACUUGACCAAGCUUACUGUUUUGUACCUUGAUGACUGUCAAUUAUCUGGUUCCUUGCCUCAAGAAAUGACAAACAUGACAAAUCUUUCUCAACUCCAGUUGGAUGGCAACAACUUCUCUGGCCACUUACCUCAGUUAUGCCACGGUGGAUCUCUUGAAGCCUUCAUUGCUUUCAACAACCAUUUCACCGGUGAGAUCGCAAGAACCUUCAGAAACUGCACUAGCUUAACCAGAGUGCGACUCAAUGGAAACCGACUUGCUGCAAAUGUAUCGGAAGCCUUUGGUGUAUACCCUCACCUAAUAUUCAUGGAUGUCAGUGACAACAUGUUGUUUGGUGAACUCUCACCACAUUGGGGAGAAUGCCAAAACUUAACAAAGUUACAACUCUCCGGGAACAAUAUCACUGGUAGAAUUCCUCCUCAGUUUGGGCAGUUGGGGCAGCUAAGAGUGCUUGAUCUUUCUUCAAACCAUUUAGUAGGAGAGAUUCCAAAGGAAUUUGGGAGGCUGGCUUCUUUGUUCAACUUGACUUUAAAUGAUAACCAGCUUUCUGGUCAGUUACCACAAGAGAUUGGAAACCUAUCCAAUUUGGAGAUUUUGGAUCUGUCAAUGAAUCACCUAAGUGGUCCAAUACCACCUCAAUUAGGGGAUUGCUCCAAACUUCAUUUUCUGAAAUUGAGUGAAAAUGUUUUGAACGGAAGCAUUCCUUUUCAGAUUGGUAACCUAGUAUACCUACAGGGUUUAUUAGAUCUAAGUCACAACUCCCUCAAUGGAAAGAUACCUCCACAACUUGCGAAAUUGGCUAGUCUGGAAAUUUUAAACGUCUCUCACAACAUGUUGUCAGGUUCCAUUCCACCUUCUUUUGAUGGGAUGGUCAGCUUACAAUCCAUUGAUUUUUCAUACAAUGUUUUGGAAGGUCCUCUUCCUAGCAGCAAAGCCUUUCAGAAGGCUCCGACAGAUGCAUUCAUAAAAAACAAAGGCUUAUGUGGUGAAGUCCAAGGUUUGCGACCUUGCAAUGCCUCUUCAAUAAGUCAUGGUGAUGCAAGGAAACGCCACAAAGUUGUGAUCCUCAUUAUUCUUCUCUUCUCAGUAUUUUUUCUUUUAUUUGCAAUUGUCGGCAUAAUUUCUUCCAUUUAUUAUCAAAGAAGAAGAAGAAUAGAGAAAGAGGUUCUUGAAAGGAGCGAAGGAAAUACAUUUUCAACAUGGAAUCAUGAUGGGAUUUGCACGUUUGAAGACAUUGCGGAGGCAACAGAGGGUUUUCAUGACAAAUACUGCAUUGGAACUGGAGGGUAUGGGAAAGUUUACAAAGCAAAUCUACCAGCAGGCCAGGUAGUAGCUGUGAAGAAACUUCACACACUCGAAGGUGGGAAUCAAUCUGAUCAAAGAAGUUUUAGGAAUGAGAUAAAAGCAUUAACGGAAAUCCGCCAUCGCAACAUUGUGAAACUUUAUGGCUUCUGUUCCAAUGCUCGAUGCUCAUUUCUAAUCUACGAGUACAUGGAAGGGGGAAGCUUGGCAAGCAUCUUAAGCAACGAUGAAGGAGCUGCACAGUUGGAUUGGACUUUGAGGGUGAAUGUUAUCAAAGGUGUGGCUCAUGCUUUAUCUUACAUGCAUCAUGAUUGUACCCUGCCGAUUGUCCAUCGAGACCUAUCAAGCAAUAAUGUUCUGUUGAAUUCAAAACUGGAGGCUAGUGUCUCUGACUUUGGAACUGCACGAUUGCUGAUACCCGAUUCCUCAAAUUGGACUGCACUCGCAGGCACUUGCGGAUACAUCGCUCCGGAGCUUGCAUAUACAAUGAGGGUGACUGAAAAAUGUGAUGUAUAUAGCUUUGGUGUUGUGGCACUUGAAGUGAUGAUGGGAAGUCAUCCUGGGGAGCUCAUCUCCUCUUUGUCAUCAUCAAGUAGACAAGAUACACUGCUAAAAGAUAUGUUGGACCAACGUCUCUCAGAUCCGAUGGCUGAUGUUGCACAGGAAGUCUUAUUUGUGGUAUCCAUGGCUCUUGCAUGCAUUCGGCCAGAUCCAGACUCUCGGCCAACCAUGCGACAUGUGGCUCAGGAGCUUUCUAUUAGAGGGUCUUCUUUCUCUCUACAGCCAUUCCAUGCAGUUACAUUACGUCAACUGAUGGAUCUGAAGGCAUAG